CCUCUACACGACCCAGGCUUUCUGUCCCGGAGAAGAAGCCGUAUUCGGUCUUUCUCGGGGGUCGGUGGCGCAGCCAUGGCGGAUGGCGGCGCCGGCGGGGGAACGGGCGCGGUGGGCGGCGGCGGAGCAGGCCAGGCCUCGGCCGGGUCAGCUACGGCUACGGGUGCGACCGGGGCGGGCGGGAGCGGCGGCCCCAUCAACCCGGCUUCGUUGCCUCCCGGCGACCCGCAGCUCAUCGCUCUCAUCGUGGAGCAGCUCAAGAGCCGGGGCCUGUUUGACAGCUUCCGCCGGGACUGCCUGGCCGACGUGGACACCAAGCCAGCUUACCAAAACCUGAGGCAGAAAGUGGAUAAUUUUGUGUCAACACAUCUGGACAAGCAGGAAUGGAAUCCUACAAUGAACAAAAACCAAUUGCGAAAUGGUCUGAGGCAGAGUGUGGUACAGUCAGGGAUGUUGGAAGCUGGAGUAGACAGGAUUAUUUCCCAGGUGGUGGAUCCAAAACUAAACCACAUCUUCAGGCCACAGAUAGAACGAGCAAUUCACGAGUUCCUGGCAGCCCAGAAAAAAGAAGCUGUGCCAGCGCCCCCUCCAGAGCCUGAGAGUCAAGACCCUCCAGCUCCAUCCCAGGAUGCUUCCUAAGAAUAUACCUGACAUCUUUUGAAAGCUCCAUUUAAUUAAUGGUGAUGAAAUGGAUUCAGUUACAUAUGAGCACAGCUACAGAAUGAAGAUUAGGUCGAGGCCAUCACUGAUUUCAAGAUUUUCACUUUCACUGUGGGGCAGUGUCCGGAUUGAACAGGGAGCAAGUUUAGUAAUGGGAAAGUUGACUGUGUGUGUCCCCUGCAUUGUACUGCCAUUUUACCAGCCAGUCCAAGGAUGUGAUACCCAGUAGACACUACAGAGAUCUAAAGAAACACUACAGCAACCUGGGGUUGUCCUGAAACAAGCUUUUAUACUUGAACAUGGAGACUGCACAUGGAUGUUAGGGUGGUACUCUGGAAUAAGCAGUAGCUACAAUGAAAGAACAUAACCAGUCCCAAAGAAUAAUGACAGUAAAGGUUAACUCACAGUAGCUAUUUGAUAUUGUUUCUCAGAGUUGAAACUAGAAUGUACAGCCAUUAGCAUCAGAUAACUUUAAUGUCAUUGUGACUUUCUUGUACAUGAAUCUUCUAACCUAUUUCCUUUCCUCGUAAUAGAUGACAAAACAUGAAACCCUAGAAUGUGUGUGGAAGCUCAGACAUUAGGUAUAAGGAAAAACAUUUGCAGGCUCUCUGUCCAGAGCUUCUUUCUAUCCUGCAAGGGCUAGUGAGUCUCAGGUGUGUUUAUUUUAUUCUCAUGUUUGUGUUUUUUAGAAAAGUGAAUGGCUUAAGUUUUAUAUUAAAAUCGUUUGAUACUCUUUACUCUGAAGCUCCAACUGAAUUUUAGACCCAGGGUCUAUAAAGGGUAAUCUUUUU